CGUCGCUCCAAGCGUCACGGUCUCUUUGGAAAUGUUUGUUCCCGCGGUGUGGGAGGCUGCGUUUGCGCUUCCUGUGGGCUGCUGCCCGGGGAAUGCCCUCAGGGGUCACCUCCCGGCGGCUCGCCCCUUCGCUCGGUCGCGACCUUCCCGCUGUAUGGUUGGCGUCGGGGGCCCUUGGUGGGUUCCGCGCCUUGGGUCGCUGCGAGCGCACCUUUCCUUUGAUCUUCAAGAAAGCUGUGCUGUGAACUGGCGAAGGAAGCAGCAUGCCAUGGGCAUUGGGCCGAAUGGUCCUGUCCUCGGGCGCGCUGGCCGCUGGCAGCUGCGCCCUCAUCUAUUACCUGACGCAGAAGGCCUUCUCCAAGGCUUCCUAUUACCAGCUGGCCCUGGAGCAGCUGCACAGCCGCCCCGAGGCCCUGGAAGCCCUGGGCGCUCCUCUCAGCGUGCACCACCUCCACCUCACCGACAGGGACAACUUCGUGGACAUCGCCAGCGCCCGGCUGAAGAUUCCGGUCUCUGGCUCCAAGUCCCAGGGUCUUCUCCACGUCCACUCAUCCCGAGACGGCCCCUUUCAGAGGUGGCGCCUUCAGGAGGUCUUCUUAAAGCUUCAGGAUGGGCAGCAGAUUCCCGUGUUCAAGCUCAGUGAGAACACGGGUCAUGAAGUAGAAAAUGAGUAGAGAUGAUCGAAAAGACUUGGCUCCCUCCAGACAGUCUUACCUCAUCACCGCGUGCCCUCGUGGCUGUGAGCCAGGUGUCCUGCCGCCGGGGUGCUUGUGUGUGCCGGCAAAUUGGGAUUCUGGUAGGAUUCUAAUUCGUCCACAAGUAGUGUGGAUUUUUUAAUUUAGUUAGAAAUGAAAAUUGUACUCUAAAUAUGUAAGAGUCUGUUUGAAAGUUUGUGGUCUAAAAACAAAGUACUGAAUGCCAGGAAUCUGUACUAAAAAGAUGUUAAUUUCA